AGAUUGGAGGCUUCACGUCAGUUUUACGUCACUGAACAAACAGUUUAUGGCACUCCGUAACAAGCACACUCUUUUUGCCUUUCAUCUCCUUUCGCAUGCCUUACGCCUUUAACUCUGUCGUAACAAAAAAGUAAAGCUUCCUCCUCAGCUCUGAACAUAGUUCACAUCAUAUCUGAACAACAGUUUGAGGUGACGGAAAGACCGAAGUCUGCUUCGGACUCAUGGAAUGACCAAACAGGAUCCAUCACCAGUAAUUUUUUAAACUGCUUUCCGGGUCGCGAGGAGGUCUCCCUCGGUGUCGCCUUCGGUGUGAAGCAGCGCGGUGAGGGAUGAGCAGGCUUUCUCUGGGAGAUAAAGCUGCUUCAAGCAGGCUGAACCGCUGGGUGGACCCCUCCUUCGCUGAUUUUCCUGGGGAAAACUUUUCUCUGACAGGAAUGGGCAAGGGUAGCCAAGUUCUCUGCUCCAAAGCUCAGCCCAAGAGGCCUGGGAAGAGAAAAGUAAAGGCUGGCAGCUCAAACCCUCAUUCGCACUGCCUGCUAAAUAAGUCAGCCCAGAGCGACCAGGAUGAACCCUGGGUGGACAAAUACUCUCCACGUUCACAAGCUGAGCUAGCUGUCCACAAGAAAAAGAUAGAAGAAGUGGAGAACUGGAUAAGAGUCCACACAAACACACAACAGUGUGGCAUCUUGCUGCUGACGGGACCAUCCGGCUGUGGAAAGACUGCCACAGUCCAGGUUUUGUCUAAGGAGUUGGGCCUCAGGGUGCACGAGUGGACCAACCCCACCAGCCAUGAGCCAUACAGUAGCAGUCAGCAUGAGUGGAGGAUAAACGGCUUGUCCUGCAGCUCCCAGUUAGCACAGUUUCAGGACUUCCUCCUUAGAGCCAAUAAGUACAACUGUCUGAAAAUGGUGGGUGAUGGAGGAGCAACAGACAGGAAGCUCAUACUGGUGGAGGAUUUACCAAACCAAUUCUACAGGCAGCCUGGCAGCCUGCAUGAUAUCCUGAGGUGCUUUGUGAAAACCAGUCGAUGUCCUCUGGUGUUCAUAGUGUCAGACAGUCUGCGUAGAGACAGCGGCUCGGGUUUUCUUUUCCCCAGAGAGAUCCAGGAUGAGCUGGACAUCAACAGCAUCAGUUUUAAUCCAGUGGCUCCAACCACAAUGAUGAAAGUCCUGAGUCGAAUUUCAACUCUGGAGGCAGGAAAGAGCUGUGCGAUGAUGCGCAUCUCAGACCAGGCAUUGUUGGAAACACUGUGCUCAGGAAGCUCAGGAGAUAUUCGCAGUGCUGUCAACAGCCUCCAGUUUUCCACACUCACAGACAUAUCAUUGGAAAAGGGGCUGUGGAGGAUGAAGACGGACAAGCCUGUGACUUCAGCUGUUUCCAGAAAAAAACAGAGGAAGAAGUCCAAAGAGACAAAAGAGCAGGAAGAGGAGCAGGCUAUUGGAGGGAAAGAUGUUUCUCUGUUUCUGUUCAGAGCACUGGGGAAGAUCCUGCAUUGCAAACGAAGGACUGAUGAAGGUGAUCAUGCAGCUGAGUGUAGCCCUGGAGCUGGUCUACCAUCUCACCUGUCUCAUCAUCACAGAGAAGAAUUACAAUUAAACCCAGAGUUGGUUGUUGAGCGUUCGCACAUAUCUGGAGAGUUCUUCAACCUGUACCUCCACCAAAAUUACCUGGACUUCUUCUCUGAGGUGGAGGAUGUGGACCGAGCCAGCGAGUAUCUGUCUGAUGCUGACCUCCUCACUGCUGAUUGGACUAGUCGCAGCACCAUGGGGGAUUAUGGCUCUUCACUCGCCACCAGGGGGCUCCUCCACUCCAACUCACGACAAGUGUCAGUUGGCUUUAGACCGCUACACAAACCCAACUGGCUUCUGGUCAACAAGAAUCACCGGGAGAACUGCAUGACUGCCCAGUUCCUAUUCAGAAGCUUCUGUCUGACACCAGUCAGCCUGCAGACUGAACUGCUGCCGUACCUGGCGAAGCUCAACAACCCUAUGAGGAACCAAGCUCAGAUAGCUUUUAUCCAGGAUGUGGGCCAGAUGUCACUGAGGAGGUUCCCUGGCAGAUCGAAACUGGAGGCUCUGACAGACAAAGAGCCGGGCGAGCUGAAAACAGACACUGAAGAGGAGGAGGAGAAAGAUGAAGGUAGGGGUGGGAUGGAGGAGCAUCUGCCAGCCAGUCAGCCCCAACCGACUACAAGCCAAGACCUUUCAGAUGAGAAGGACCUUAUCAUAGAAGAAUAUACCAGCGACUAAGCCAGACUGCUCUGUCGCACUGUUUCACCACACCGUUUUUUUGUCUUUUUUUUUGUUUAGUGUGUGUGUAUACAUAAUUAACAAAACGAGUGCUGGGAUCAGUGUUUUUUUACAUGAUUAAAAGCACACUUGUCACUGUUACAAAGUUUUAUACACUUGCAGCCAUAGCCCUUCUUCAUGUAAUGUUCAUGACUGAUAAUAAUUCUGAUGUGAUGAGUUGUUUUUGCUUCAUUGAAGUGUCCUCUUUUUAUGAUCAUACAGUUCAAUCAUCAGGAUUAAUUGUAAUUAUCUCCAAAAAUGACCCAUAACAGUUCAGUUCUGCCAGGUGAAAUGUGUGUACGUGUAUGUCCAGCACUAUUGAAAGGUAUGUUGUUUAAACCAAUGAGUGUGCUAAUAAAAAACACUGUGAAUAGCU